AUGAGACUGAACACGUCUCGUGGCGCGCUCCGUAGGGAAGCGUUCGAGAAACUGGCCGUCCUAUCCGCGCAGGCUCCAACUUCACAUGCAGCCCAUCAGGAUAUACCACGCCUUUGUUCCCUGUACAAGACAUCGGCCGAAUCCAACGGGAGUGUCAAAGCUCCCAUCGGUAUUCGUGAACUCGAAGUCUUGAUAGCUUUGUGUCGUGCCUCAUCCUCAAUUGACUCCUCGCAACACGCCGAACGUCUUCUCCAACAGAUCACUGCAUACCUGGCAGAAGCCCAAACUCAGACCUUCAGACCUUCGCCUUUCCUGCGUCACGUUCACCCUUCGCCAUGGGAGGUGCUUGUGCAGGAAGUCACCUCGGCCAUGCUCAAUAUUGGUCUCAGAGUCCCCACCUUGCGCCCCCAGGUCGUCAAGACCAUCAUUGACACAAUCAACGCCUACGUGCAUCAGGGUCAAAGUAUUGACCGUGCCAGCGCAUCCGAAGACUCGCUCUUGGAUCUCAAUAAUGCAUCCAAGACGAUAACAUUCUCCGUAUCCUUGCUUGGACUUCUUUCAGCACUUGCUGGAAAGCCUCAAGUUCUCACAGUGCAAGAGCGUGCUGCCAUUACUCAGAAGCUUCGCACUCUGUAUUCCGAAAAAUUCAUGGUAGCCAUCGAAGGAACCCUGUCAUCAGUUCGCAAUUCGCACGGCAAUCAUGUCAAAGAUUGGAAACGCCUGCUCAAGGUAUACGCCUCGAUGGGAAGGCCAUUGGGCGCCAUGUUGUUGCAGAACGCAUUCACCCACUAUCUUGCAGCCUCAGCUACUGCCAUGAUCACUUCGCCUGAGUUUGUCCAGGGUAACCAAGUCUUGGACCAUCUCAUUCAGCAAACCCCACAGAGUCUCUCUAGCUAUGGCAGUGGUGUCGAUGGAUCAUCAUUGGAGGGUCUUACCGAAUUGCUGGUGGAAGUUGUCGCUCUGCUUGAUGCCGACGCCGAUUAUCUGCAAGUCAGCUCAGCGUGGCAGCAACAAUUGGCUUUCUCAACCAAGGCUAGCUGCUUGAUCAGUUUCCUCUGCUGUUCAUUAGCCAAUGAGGAUAUCGCGGAUGCUGAUGUUCUUAUGAGCUGGUUGGAUGGAGUCUUGACAGAUCCUGUCCAGCUUGCAGAUGAGAGGCUUGCUAGUGUGACUCUCAAAUGCAUGGCCGUCCUCGCAAAAACAUCAAAGGCCUUUGCUUCGAACUUGGCACACUCCCUGCCUAGGUUCAUUGUUCAAGGAAGGAUGACUAGUGAUACUGUUGUAGUUGCAGCGAACUGCCUGGCAGACGUUCUGCAAUUGUUGCCUCAAGACCUUGUCAUCAGCACGCUGUACAGCCUUGGAAACGUGCUCAGUACUGGACCUUCCACCAACCGAGCAAACACAUCACUGUUCAUUGACGGAAACGGUACUGCAAACGGUACCAUGAACGGGUCUAUGGCCUCAUAUACUCAACAGCCUACUGGGAGUUCCAUCUCUUUGAUUACCAACGACGAUGAAGAGACGGUCUUAGUCCACGCCGCUGUCAUCGAAGCGAUUGUCGCGAUUGCUAGAAAGUGUGAGAACGAGAAGAUCACUGCACUUGCCAUUUCGAUGUUAGUCCAAAAGGUCGGCCGUGUGAAUCAGGCUGUCGAUGCUAAGAUCAUCAUGGGAUCCGCGGCUCUUGGAUGUCAAAGCGAGCCUAACGACUUGCGACCUCUGCUAAGAUUUUAUGCAAAGCAUGUAACCGAUGCCCUGGCCUCUGACAACACUGCCAUGCUUCAAGCAGUCAUAGAAGCUCGUAUGCUGAUGGCAAAGAGCAUCCCCCCUUCAUCGCCUCUCUAUGAGAUCUACCUCACUCAUUUGUUGGAUGGAGUUGUUAGCACAAGCGAUGUCACUAACCGUGAUACCAAGACUCUGGUGAUUGACAAACUAGCGGUCGGCCAGAUCUCGCAAGUGUUGCCUCCUUUGGCUGCCCUUGCAGCAUUCAUGCCCUACGAAUAUGCUCAAUUUGAAGACCCAGAGUUGGUCUCCGCACUCAGCCGAGAUGCCUGGUUCAACCUCAUCGCACACGACUUCUCCCUUGGCUCUUCAUUUGCGAAGCAGCACCAGCAAGAACUUCAAACCCUAGCAUGGUACACUCCAUCUCUGAUUGACAGCAACAAAGCCGACACUCAGGAGAGUGGCAUCGACCUCAACACCGUGCUUCGUCGUGGCAUGACUCCCCAGCACAUUAUUCAGUUGAAGUCGCAGUUGAUCUCCGCUCUUCCAGCGCAUGAAAACGAUAUCAAAACUCUGAAUAACGCCGAGCUCACCUUCUUGAACGCUGCACACCUGGUAGCAGUGCUUCGUGCUCAGUCUGGGGAUUCUACGAGGACACUCGAAUACUUCUUGGACCCCAAGUUCAAGAGUGGUGCUCUGAGUAAUUGUCUGCUUGGUGUGGCAUUGAGCGCAGUCGAUACUUACUUGGCACUUACCAUGACCGGGCGCAGUCAGACCUUUUCAGCCGCCAACCUCGCGAAACAGCUAGCAAGGCUGCUUGAAAGCUGUUGCCAUCGUAUCGAAAAGGUGCAACAGGUUGCAACGCUCGCUGCUGAUCGCAUCAUCGACCAGGUACCUUCAUCACUUUGCCAGAGAACAUCGCUCUUCGCACUGCUAGAGCUGCUCAGCCUGAUGUGGAUCAGUUGUCUGGAGGCAGAGACUGACGAGUACGAGUGCAAGUCGUUCUACAGCUCGGCUAAGGGCAACGUUUCUCUGCAGCUCUCCGAUAACUUCGCUUACAGGCAGACUACGUUACGAUCAUUCCAACAAAAGUGUCGUCGUUGGGUACUCAAGACGCUGGAUCGUGCCCCUCUCGAUAUGAAGGGUCUUCUGCAAACAUAUCUAUCAGACUACGAUGACGAGGAAGCAUACGGUCGUAUCUCUAUGGGUAGAUCAUUCGCUCUCGAACUCGGCUCUCUCAUUCCGGGAACCGACCAGAGACUUGGCGCUAUCGACCGUAGAAUGGACCCAAGCGUCAAUACAGCUUCCGAUUUUGUUGCGCAAUACACAACCCGCCAGGAAUACCGCUAUCUGGAUACCAUGUCUAGACAAGAUGAAGAGCUUCUGCACGCACAGCAGACCGGUGUCAUCGGCUUACCACGCUCUGCUUUAGGUGAACAGGCUCGCGAGAUCACUGCUGCGUUGAAGGAGAUCAAUAAUAACCUUCGCAACCACCAUCCAGCAUCGGUUGAAGACUUGAGAGCUAACCUUAGACGUGCAGCAGCAGUAUUGUGCAAGGUCGAUGCCGAUCGAUUUGGACUUGCCCAACAGUUGGUCGGUGUUCCUUUCGCGUCUUUCAGCAAGUCAGCAAUCAAACUCGGAGUCUCGCUUUGGAUGGGAGUUAUCAAAGAAAAUCCGCAGAUGGAGAGUCGAGUCCUUGUUGAGAUUGCCGAAGGUUGGGAGACGACCAUUCAUCGAAAGCGCGGUAUCUUCAGUCAGACUUUCAACCAUCUUGAUCCGUUCUACAUCAAGGAGGAGUUUGCUCCUACUGACAAGAGUGCUAUCACAAAACGUCAGCAACAAGUUCAUGACCUGAUAGCACCGCAUUUCAGACUCGUUCAGUUCUUGUCAAGCCACUUCAAUGCUACAAGACUGAGCAACCCGCAUACUGGGCGCAUCUUCCACCGCUUGAUGCGAGUCACUCUCGCUGCCUUGAGGCGGAGUGGCAGUCACCCACUUGCCCGUGAGGUUCAUUUCCAUGUCAUCCUACUGGCUUUGCGAGUCAUAAGCUACGGUACUGGUUAUGACGAGAAGGCUCGUUGGGAGCUCAAAGACCAAAUUCUGUCUGCCGCCCUCAGAUGGUUCAACUUCCCAGCUCGAUGGUCCUAUGGCGGAAACAAGUUGCAAGUCAAGGCCGAAGUACAAGUCAUGUCAGAUGUCAUCCUGGCAGUUCAGGCCGUCGCUUCUAUGGGCUCCAGAAUUGUCGCCCCGAUGCAACCAUUGCAAGCAAAGCAGGAUCUGCUUCUCCAUCUGUUGCAAAACGAAAUCACAAGGCUGAAUGUGUGGUUGUCCCCGCUGGGUCAGGAUACUCCGCACACCACUUACGGUCAACAAGGCAAAGCCAAUGAUGUCGCAAUCGCUGCUUUGGUCAUAACAGCUUGGGCAGAAGCGCCAUCUCUUGCUGUACAAAUGGCUUUCAGAUUCCCUUCGUUGUCCAUUCAGAACCAGGUUCGAUCGUUGCUCCUCACCUAUCCUGAAAAGGCACUACAUGAGCCUGACGCUCUGCAAAUAAUGCUUGGUACCGGCAUGCCACAUGACGUCUCAUCCCAACUAAAGUAUCUACUGUACUGGGCUCCAGUCAAUCCGAUCACUGCUGUCACAUACUUCCUGCCAGCAUAUGGAAACCAUGCCUUCAUUGUACAGUACGCGAUGCGAGCUCUGGAAAGCCACUCCGUCGAUGUGACCUUCUUCUACGUACCUCAAAUUGUGCAAACCCUCCGUUAUGAUUUGCUUGGGUACGUUGAACGUUACAUUGUCGAAACUGCUAAAUUCUCUGGACUGUUCGCGCAUCAGAUUAUUUGGAACAUCAAGGCCAAUGCUUUCAAGGACGAAGAUUCACAGAUUCCCGAUCCAGUCAAGCCAACACUUGACAAGGUCAUGGAUUCACUCAUCUCAAGUUUCUCGGACGAGGAUCGCGACUUCUAUGAGCGCGAGUUUGGAUUCUUUAGCGAAGUAACAGCCAUCUCUGGAAAGCUCAAGCCUUUCAUCAAGCGACCGAAGCCUGAGAAGAAGGCGAAGAUUGAAGAAGAGCUGCGCAGGAUUCAAGUCGACGUUGGAGUGUACCUUCCCAGUAACCCCGACGGAGUUGUCGUCGGCAUCGAUCGAAAGUCUGGUAAACCUCUUCAAAGUCACGCCAAGGCCCCCUACAUGGCGACUUUCCGCAUUCGCAAAGAGAGGAGCCCGGGUCUUGAAGCAGUCGAUGAGCAACAGGAUCAUGUUGCUGAAGAGGGCGGGUCUCACAAGGACACCAGCUAUGAGGUGUGGCAGUCGGCGAUCUUCAAGGUUGGUGAUGAUUGUCGUCAAGAUGUGCUCGCGCUGCAGAUGAUUGCAGCGUUCCGUGGAAUCUUCAACAACGUCGGGCUGGACGUUUACGUUUUCCCGUAUAGAGUCACUGCCACGGCCCCUGGAUGCGGUGUCAUCGAUGUGCUUCCAAACUCCAUAUCUCGCGACAUGCUUGGUCGUGAAGCUGUCAAUGGACUCUACGAAUACUGGGUCUCUAAGUACGGAACAGAGGACUCGCUUCGCUUCCAACAAGCACGCAGCAACUUUGUCAAGAGUAUGGCUGCUUACUCGGUCAUCUCUUACCUGCUGCAGUUCAAGGACCGACACAACGGAAACAUCAUGGUCGACGAUGCAGGCCACAUCCUGCACAUCGACUUUGGUUUCAUUUUCGACAUCGCACCUGGUGGCGUCAAGUUUGAGCGUGCGCCAUUCAAGUUGACUGGCGAGAUGAUUGCGGUCAUGGGUGGCUCGACACAGUCGCAACCCUUCAAGUGGUUUGAGGAACUCUGCGUCAAGGCAUUCCUGGCUGCGAGACAGCAUGCAGAGAAGCUGAGCCAUUUGGUCAUCGUCAUGUUGGACUCCGGCCUUCCUUGUUUCAAGCCAGAGACCAUUCAGCACUUCAAGGAGAGAUUUGUUCUCGACAAGAGUGAACGGGAAGCUGCCGAUUUUAUGCGCUCGCUGGUGCGCUGGAGUGGAAAGAGUCAUAGUACGGGUGUGUACGAUCAGUUCCAACUUCUCACCAACGGCAUCCCCUACUAG